UCCAUGUUUUUACAUUUUCUAAUGUGUAGUGUCUAUUUUUACUUAGCAGUAGAUGUGUUGGCACUGGUAUAAUAUAUUGGCACUGGUAUUCUUGUAGUUUUUGUACAUGUACUUGCAGUUUUGCACUGUACAUGUAGCAUAUAUUUUACGUUAUUUUUACUGGGGCUUUCUGAACAUGGGCAGUGACUGUCUUUUGGGACUUAAAAAUUGUAGCACCUACCUAGAAAAAUGUUAGUCUGGUGCCGCGUCAACAUAGUCGUUGAGACUUUGUGUUUUUGAGAUAGAAUUUUUACCAUUUUACAAUUUAGGACUUACUAGGCCUUAGGCCUAUUGACUGCACUGUUUUAUUAUAGUUACUAACACUGUAUAGCAGUUGUGUGUCAUGAUCAUUUUGCUCAAUUUUAAGUUUAAGUGCCUCAUACUAAAUUAAAACAAUUAAAUUAAAUCACUAGGACAUGUUAUAGUACACAAAAACAUUCAGCUGUUUUCAUAACCCCAGCACUUGAGAAAACUCUUCUUAAUGUAUUUACAUUUUUGUAACUAGUAAAACAUUCUGAGUAGAAAAUUUAGUAUCAGUUAUGUUUUAUUCAUUUUUCACACAGAUAAUGCAAUAGAUAUAGAAGCCUUGGAGCUGUUAAGAGAAGAGGACAUUACACCGCUAAUUCCAAAAGUUGGGUUGCGAGUUAAGUUCUUGGCAAAGUGGAAAAAGCAAUUUGGACCUCGGGUAACAGCAAUACCAAUUCAGCUACCAAGGGAUAUGCUUGACUUUGGACCGGAAACGGCUUCUUUUGAUUGUCAGUCAAUGCUGAGUUCCAGUUCGGACUUCAGUGAAGUUGCACCUGUGUUAGGCACACCAGUAACAGGGGAUGUUUCCAGUGCAGCCUCUUUGUCAGACUCGGACAGUUGGGCUUCUUUUCCAUUGUCACAGAUGUCACCCCCACCCAUGAAAAGACAGAAGAGACUUUUGUUUGAUACCAAGAAGAUUCUUAGUGAAUCUCCAGAAGGAAAGAGUGUCACUCGGAGCAUCGAGCAAUCUGGAUUCUUGACGAAAAAAGUCAGGCAUCAACUAGUCAGGAUAUUAGUGAGCUACUUGAUUUCCCAUCAUGGAAAAAACCCUGGUGCAUUUGAAAAGAGUGCUCUGGCUGAGAGUGUGAUUGCUGCAUUCCCAAGCCUGAAAGACCCUCAAGGAAUCACAGGAUAUGAAGCCUUUUACACUAAAGGAUCCAAAGGAUGCCCUGCAGGUGGUUAUCUUGAAGAACACUUGCGUUAUGUGAGGAAAAAUAUGAUAAGAAAGGAGGAAGUUGGAGAGCAUCAAGGAAGGAAGGAGGAAGUUGGAAAGCAUCAAGUUAAUGCAAGUGCAGCAACUCCUGAUGAACCCGAUGAGAAGCAAGAGACAGCCGAAGAUGUACUUGCAAAGGUUCAGUGGCUAAAGGACAACUGUGCACCUACUACCAAAGUCAAAGAGUACAUGUCAUUGACAUCAAAGCACAGGGCAGAAUGGGUGAAAGAUAGGGAAGAACUGUUGCAGAAAUCUUGGAGGAGUUCCCCAGGCUGCUUGAUUGAGCAAGACUUCCAGCUGAUGUACCCAAAAGUUGCUGACAGACUGACUGACAAAUGGGGCGGCUUGUCGGACUCACUGAUAGAUUAUGCCACACAGAUGUUUCCUCUUUGGAAGGAUGUGUUAGGUCUUGAUGCCAGUACUGAUGUAAAGAAACUGACAGAAGAUGAGAAGAUCAACCUGUCAUUCUUUGUCAUUCCAAUGAUAUUUGAUGGCUGCGACAAAAAGAAAACUGGUGGCAGAUUUGGGCCAAAGGAAACAAUGAAAGCCUUUAUUGAUGUACAACUGGCACUGCCUCUUCCCAGGUUUAUCGUUACUUGGAUGUGA